GAAAAAAUAAGAAGAGGGAUAAGUUGAUAUGUUUUCAUUUGUUAUCCAUCCAGUCUUAUCUUAGGUUUUUCAUUCACUCAUCAUCAUCGGAAUGGCUCUCUCUUUAGCCAUUAACGUUCCUCCUGUUCGCGAUAACCUGCUUCGACCCCAACCAUUUCAAUCCCAAUUCCGUCCAAACCUACUCAAAUUCCCGAUACCCUCCUCCGCCCGAAUUCGAUGUUCCUCCUCCUCCUCUUUCAAUGACAUUUCCCUCAAAACGGUUACCCCCGACAACAAAAACUCUUUCGUUUGCCGCUUUAACGCUACCCAGCUCGAAGUUCAGGAGACCAACCAACCAUACGCAGAAACCUAUGCUGUAGGGAGACACAUUCGAAUGUCCGCUGACAAAGCUCGAAGAGUAGUCGAUCAGAUUCGCGGGCGUCCGUACGAGGCAUCACUCAUGGUAUUGGAACUCAUGCCUUAUCGUGCCUGUGAAGCCAUUAUUAAGAUUGUGUUUUCUGCUGGAGCAAAUGCAAGCCAUAACUUGGGUCUGAGCAAAUCAAGUUUGUUUAUUAGUAAAGCAGAGGUUAAUGAAGGCAAGACUUUGAAAAGAGUAAGAGCUCGAGCUCAGGGGCGGGCUAACCAAAUUCUAAAGCGUACUUGUCAUAUUACCAUUACGGUGAGAGGUUUACCUGAUGAGUCUGACAAGGAAGAAAAUUCCUCUUGAUCCUGUUUGAAGACAGCAAAAAUAUGUAUCCCUGUUAUGAAUCUUCUCCAAGCAUUACAUUUGAUGGAACUUUCUGCAUUUUGAUAUUAUGUAGUUUAUUUAGUGACUUCUACAUGAGUGUUGAGAAUCCUAUAAAUGUACUAAUAUUCAACUUAAUACUAGAAUGAAAUGUUUUACCAUUGAUAUUGA